AUGCAAAACCUUAGGGCGGUAUCUCUUACGCAACAGUUGGGGUACUACAAGGAGUACCAGAGUAAGGUGACAAAAUUGGUGGGGAUUGAGAAAGCAAAAGGGAUGUUCUCAGCUGGAAUUCAUCUUCUCGGUGCUGGAAAUAGUGAUUAUCUUCAGAAUUACAACAUCAAUACUUAUAUCUACAGACAGUAUACACCUGAUCAGUUUGCUGAUCUUCUUAUGACCUCCUUCUCUAACUUUGUCCAGUUCUUUAAGCGCUCGGUGGAUCAGUAUGAGAGUGACUUGCAGUUUGUGGUCCAAUCUCUUUUACUUUCUAUGGAUGUAAACGAGCUUCAGCUUGUUAAAUCUGGUCUAUGCUAUUGA